AUGGAGCUGGCCGGACCCCAUGGCCGCCUGGCCCCCGCACCCCCGGGGACUCGGGGUUCUCCUCCCUGGAGACCUCCAGGAGCCGUGGCUCAGGGGCAUUCGGGUCAGGUGGAGGUGUUGUUGGUGCGCAAGAAGCAUGUAGUGUCCUGCUUCCGAGAUGCUCUUGUAAGAUACACCUCCCUCAUCACUCAGCUGGUGGCUCAGGACCAGAGGGUCUGCAUCCACUUCAUAAACACAAUUUUUGUCCUUAUCCAGCUUAUAACACAGCUGAAACUGGAGCAGAUCAUUCAUUGCCUGCUGGAUGAAUGCCACAAAGAGUUGUGUAACAUGCCCUCCAUACGAGACAGUCUGGCCACCUUGACCUUUCUCGGCAAGCUGGUGGAUGCCAUCCCUGCUCUAGCAGACACACUUGUAAUGGAACAUGGCAACCUGAUGGAUCAUCUGGCGAGGGGUCUGUUGUACCCGAAUGAGGGGAUUCAAGCUUCCACCUGUUACCUCUAUGGGAAGCUGUAUGCAGCACCAGCGGCAGCCCAGAAACUCUCUGGCCAUUUCCGAGAGAAGCUAUGUCCCGUCUUCCUGUCUACCCUGGAAAGUGCACAGACAAAGGAGCUACAAAUCAACUGCUUGGGUUUGCUGAGGCAGCUGCUGAAGUAUGACCUCUUUGUGACCAUGUUAAUGAACAAGUCGAUACUGCUGGAAAAUGCUGAGAGUGUCGAGGGGCUGCCACGAGAGACUUCACUGCCUUUAGUGCUCAAAAAGCUUCUCCUGUCUAGAGAAGAGACUCUGCAGGUGGCCAGUGCCCACUGUAUAACUGCGGUGCUUGUCCACUCUCCAGCAAAGCAUGCCCCGGCCUUCAUCCAUGCUGACAUCCCAGAGUUCCUCUUCGAGCAUCUUUCCUCUUCCAGUGAAGUGCUCAUCUGGUCCAUCUACAGCUGCUUGAUCCUCCUGGCCGAAGAGCCACUCUUCUUCUCCAAGUGCCACACGGUGUAUGGCAUCGAGUCGGUGGUGAGGAGCCUACACAGCAGCCUGAAGGUGAACAACACAGAGCUGCACAAGCAGGGCAUGAUACUCUUUGCUGAGAUCCUGACUCGGCAGCCAGAGGAGAUCAAGCUGUUCACAAGCUCAGCCAUGUGCCAAGAUGCGAGCCAGGCCCUGCAAGAUGCGGUGAGCAGCCCUGUGCUGGAGGUGGCCGCUGAGGCUGUGAAGGCCAUUUCUGCUUUUCUGAGGAAGGAUCACCAGAGUUGUCCUCCAGUGCAGUAUAGGGCACUGCAGGCCCUGGUGCAAGCCAUGCUGAGCCGCUGUGUGGAUGUGUCCCAGGCACCACUGAACAGGAGAGCCUUGGGCCAUGACCACGGCAGAGACUCAGGCAAGGCCAUUCUGCGCAGGGGCAAGUUCCUCCUGAGCACUCUGAAGGGAUUCCGGAACGCCUGCAGGUUGGCUGUGGAAUUCCAGAGUGAGCCUUCAGCCCAGGAGAAUCCCUUCACAGCCCCUAGUGCUGAGAAAGAAGACACUUUGGAAGCCUUCUCAGAAUUUCUCCUCAGUGCCUGUGACUCCUUGUGUGUCCCCAUGGUGAUGAGACACUCAGAACAGGCCACCCACCCAGCCCUGAUGGAAGUUUUCCUCUCAACUCUGCACGACCUCUUUGUCAUUGUGCCUCACAUGAGGGAGAAGUUCUCCAAGAAGCUUGCUGCCUCAUCCUUCAUACGGCUGACCCUGGAGCUGAAGGCCCGGUUCUGCAGUGACCUAAGUCACUCAACCCUAAACCAGGUGUGUUCCAGUUUCCUCUACUACAUGUGCCUCAACCUCCUCUCUGCUCCAGAGAAGGCAAGACCACCUUCUGGAGAAGAACUCUCUGCAGUGUCUGAUCUUCUGCAGCGUGGGCUGCCCCAGAUAAGCAGCAGGGGCCCUGAAAACCUUGUCCUCCUGUCUGAACGCCAGUAUGUGGAGAGAGCUGCUCGUGAGAAACAGUACUGCAUCCUACUCCUCUUCUACCUGGCCUACAUCCACGAGGACAGGCUUGUUUCCGAGGCAGAGUUAUUUGUGGCUGUGCAGAGCUUCCUCCUGUCUCUGCAGGACCAGGGUGAGCAUCCCCCACUAGUGGUCUUCAGAGCCUCCAUCUAUCUGCUUGCCUUCUGCCAGGACAAGGAUGGUGCACUAGACAAGGCUGCAGUCAGUGCCAUCAGAAAAUUCCUCGAGAGCAUCUCAGACUUACAGCUGGUCUACACCCACCAGCCCCCUCUGCUCAGGUUCUUCCUGCUGUAUCCAGAGCUGAUGAGCAGGUUUGGCCACCGGGUCCUGGAACUUUGGUUCUACUGGGAAGAGAUCAACUGUGAGGAGGAUGACAGCACUUCUGCUGGACAGCAGCCGCCCCUUCCAGCCAACGUGACAGCCCUGUUCCUCAUCCUCAGAAGCAGCACCAGCAUUCUGCUCAUCUUGCUGGACCUCAUGUAUUCCAGCCCAGUGGACACAGCCAGGAAGGUACUGAUUGUUUUGAAGACAUUUCUGAAAAGGAAUGAAGAUGUCCAAGUGGGUGGUCUCAUCCGAGGCCACUUCCUGAUGACUUUACAGCAUCUCCUGCUGGAGUACAGACCCUCCAGCCCAGGUCAGUAUGCAGCCUCGGGGAACCUGCCUCUGCUGCUGAGCCUCCUCUCCUUAGUGCAGCUGCGCAGUGAGUCAGAGCAAGAGCUGGACAGCAUGGCCGUGAAGCUGCUUCACCAGGUGAGCAAGCUGUGCGGGAAAUGCAGCCCCAAAGACAUGGACAUCCUGCAGCCCUCCUUCAACUUCCUGUACUGGAACCUUCAUCAGACCACGCCCAGCAGUCGGCAAAGAGCCACCGCGGUGCUCCUGAGCAGCACGGCCCUGAUGGAGCUUCUAGAGAAGCUGCUGGCACUCACCUGGGCUGAGGUGGACUCUCCCAAAACCGGAACUGCAAUCCUCUGCUCUGCCUGGCUGCUCACCACCUCCCUCUCUACCCAGCAGCACAAUAGCAAUUUGCAGGUUCACCACACACUGUCUGUGGAGUUGGACCAGCUCUUGAAUGUCCUUAGCUUUCCCAGGAAACGGGCUGCGUUGUUGUCAGCUGCCAUCAUCCACUUCCUGCGGACAGCCCUGCGACAAGACUUCAGCUCUGCCCUGGUGACCCUCAUGCCCUCAGGGGCCCAGGUGCCACCAACCCCUGGGGACACUGUGCUUGCUCCAUUGAGGACAUCAAAAGUGCUGUCCUUGGUUGUCAGCCUGCAGAACCUCCUCGUGCAGAAGGAUCCCCUGCUGUCCCAGGCCUGUGUUGGCUGCUUGGAGGCCUUGCUUGACUACCUACACGUCCGGAGCCCAGAUGUCGCGUGCCACGUGGCCUCCCAGCCCUGGAAUCGGUUUUUGCUGUUUACCCUCUUGGAUGCGGGAGAAAAUUCCUUCCUCAGACCUGAAGUCUUGAGGCUCUUGACCCUGUUCCUGCGGUUCCGGAGCACCACUGUCCUCUCUCCUGAAGAAGUGGGUCAUGUUCUGCGAGCCGCAGCGCGGGUGGACCUGUCCGCACUCACGAGCACCACGCUGCAGGCUCUGCGUGGCUUCUUACUGCAGGUUCAGCACAUGGGUCUCCUGGCCGAUCCCAGUGCAGCCCAGGCCCUGCAGGCAUCGUUGGAAGGCCUUUGGCCACCUUCCUCGGCCCAACCGCCCUCACAGGACAUGCUCAUCCUGGGAGGGGUGGCCGUGUCCCUGUCCCACAUCAGAGACUGA